GCGCUCUAUCUGAACUGGGGAGAUAAACAACCAGAAGGCAAAGAUGAUUGUGCUAUGAUGUUAAAUGGACAAUUUCAUGAUUUGCCAUGUAGUAAUAACCGACAUUUUAUCUGCAACAACACAAACACAGGACUCAUCCUUGGAAAUCAGGAGAUGAAUUGGACAGAUGCUUAGUGUGAGAAACCAGAAUGAGAAUAAACAGGUUGAGCAGUUCAUUAGUGAUAGACACUCAUCUGGAUCAUGGAUCUGGAUCGGUCUGUUCAGAGACUCAUGGCAGUGGUCAGAUCAGAGUAACUCCUCAUUCAGAUACUGGAGGUCUGGUCAACCUGAUGAUUAUAAUCGUAGUGAAGACUGUACAGCUGCUGAACUGAACGUUCAGGGACGAUGGAAUGACAUCUCUUGCACCAACCAGUUUCCUUUUGUGUGGCAUGAAGAAAAACUGAUUGUGAUCACAGAGAAUCUGACAUGGCUUGAAGCUCUGAGAUACUGCAGACAGAAUCAUGUGGAUCUGGUCUCGGUUCAUUCAGAAGAGAUUCAGCGUCGUGUGAUGAAUGUGGUUAAACAGGCAUCUACUGCGGUGGUGUGGUUGGGUUUACGUCACUCCUGCACUGUGGGCAUCUGGUUCUGGGUGAGUGGAGAGGCCAUGUGCUAUCAGAACUGGGCUCCAGUGAACGGGACAUCAGAGGAGGACUGUGAACACACAGUGAGAUCUGGAGCAGUUCAGUCUGGAGGAGAUCAGCACUGGAACAGCCAUCCUGAAACUGACAAACUCAAUGUAACAGGCAAUGAGAGACGAGAGGCGAGCGGAUCCAUACGCGAGCUUUUAUUACAGGGGCGAGACAAAGACAUGGUCGUACAGGCAGGGUGAAGCAGGAGCAGACAGGAAUAUCACAGGCAAUCGUAGAGAAUAAUCCAAUACAAGCGAUAGUCCAAAAGGCAGGCGGCUAGACAGUCCAAACGAGAUAACCAGGCGGGAAAAACAAAACACUGGGAACUAGGAACUCGGAACAAGAAACUAGGAAACGCUAACAAUACAACAACAAUCCGUGACUAGCAUGGGGAAAGACCGGGGCUUUUAUGGUGCUGCUGAUUGGUCACAUGUGCUGACGCAAUCAGCGUGAUGCAUGACGGGAGAUGUAGUCCGGGGUGUGGUACAAGAGUCAGAGUGUGAUGAUGGGGC